AUGUGUUGUGAAGAAGAUGGGUAUCAGAGUUUUGAUUGCUCCGUUAUAUCAAAGACAUCAGGUUUUAGAAGACACAGCCUACCCGAUUUAUCGAUUGGUUAUGACAGUGAUACAGACGAAUUAAGGAAAAAAAAGAACUUACAGAAGAAAUUGGAUAGAGCUAACGUUGAAAUUGAUAACUUAAACUAUGGAAUACAUAAGAACAAUAUUCCUGGUAAAGACUGGUUGACUUCUUUUCUUUCACGACAUCAAUCUCUUUCACGGCGACUUGCUAACAAUAUCAAAAGAGUUCGAGCUCAAGUGUCGGAAGAUGUCAUUUACAAUUUUAUAGAAAACAUCGACAAAGAACUAGAAAGCGUUCCACCCGAAAACAUAUUCCACUACGAUGAAAGCAAUCUUUGUGAUGACCCAGGAAAAAAGACUAUAUUAUGCAUAAGAGGAACAAAAUAUCCGGAAACAAUAGUAAACGCUACAAAAGUUAAUUUUACUGUCAUGUUCUGUGGCAAAGCCGCUGAGGAAACAGUUCCACCGUGCAUCGUUUAUAAGUCGGAUAAUCUCUGGUCGACUUGGACUGAAAAUGGUCCCGAAGGCGCUCGAUAUAAUAGGACAAAGAGCGGAUGGAUGUACAGCGCAACUUUUGAAGACUGGUUUCUCAAUAAUCUUAUGCCAGUUCUUAAGAAGAAAAAUGGUAAAAAAGUGGUGAUUGGAGACAACCUUGCUUCACACAUUAAUAAAACAGUUUUGAACGAGCGUGAGAAGCACAAUUACCGAGCUGAGGCGUGCCCAGAACAGAAAACAAUUAGGAAAAAGAAACUUAAUGUACCACCUGGAAAAUCAAUCUGUGCCACUGACCUUGCAGAAGCAGGUCCAUCGGGUUUGCAGCACGCUAAAACUAUAAAGGAAAAGAAAAGGGCAACAAAACGAAGACAACUCAACGUCUCUUCAUCUUCAAGCUGCAGUGACAGGACCAUUAGUCUAGCUUCUUCCACUGAAGACCACAUAAUGCCUUAUGACUCUGAGGAUGAUGUUCUUCUGGCCAACUAUGUGAGUCAGAUUAGUGAUACUGAUGCAGCUGCAUUUCGACAUUCGCCUGAUCUUCAGCAGGAGAGUGAAGUAGAAGAGGAGUAUGGCUCUCCUGUUCUUCAAGUAACAGAUCCAUUGAGGAUAUACAGAUCGUUGAAGAAAAAUGUAGUGAAAGAGAGAAAAUGCAGGUAG